CCUCCCUCUCCUGUGACCUGCCAGCCAUGAAGCCUCUAUUCCUGUUCCUGGCUAUUCUUCUGGCCAUGGAACCAGUGGUGUCAGUGUCCUGUUGGAUGAAUGGACAGUGCCGGUUGGUGUGCAAAGAUGAUGAAGAGAACGUCCUACGCUGCCCAAAUCGUAAACGGUGCUGUAUUCUUAGCCGUUACUUAACGAUGGAACCAGUAACAAUUGAUGGGAUACUCCCCUGGACCACUCCUCUGCCUACUAGAAAACCGAAACGUAAGGGCAGACCUGGCCGCAGAGUUGAAAGAUAGAUGGAAAUCGUGUGUGGGAAUGACUUUACUUCAAGUUUCUCAGUUUCCACAUUCCACUAAAACUCCCAGAUCGAUUUCUUGUGCCUGUCCAUCAUGAGAAAUGAUGCUCCAGAUGGAUUGAGGGUGAGGAGAUGGCAGAUAGGAGGUAACUGGUAGCAGAGAGACAUCCCUGAGUCUGAGUCACAGCGAUGGAGUGAUGAUUACAGUCUUGAAGAUUGUCCCUCAUGUUCCAGCUGCAGGAAAGGCUGUUGGGCCAGGAGUGGAUGGAGGCGCACA